CGGGGGAUGGUGGCCGAGGGGGGCUGGGGGAGGAGCUGGGCGGACUCGGAGGUGGAGCGGUUGGAGGGGCCGGCGGCGCGGGAGAUGGUGGCGGACUGCGGCUGAGCUUUAAUUGAAUAAAACAAUGGCAACUGCUGAUAGUGAGACACACAAUCCCCUGGAACCUAGAAUCCCAAAGCUACAGUUUGUUCCCUUCACCAGUGCCUUGGAUGCGGGAUUCUGGCAUGAGCUGACGCAGAAGAAACUUAAUGAGUAUAGAUUAGACGAGACUCCGAAAGGUAUCAAAGGCUACUACUAUAAUGGUGAUCCUUUUGGUCUACCAGCUCGUUUAACAUUGGAGUUUAGUGCCUUUGAUGUGAAUGCUGCCACCCCGGCACACUGCUGUCCUGCUGUCGGAACAUUAUAUAACACCAACACUUUUGAAUCUUUCAAAUCCUGUGAUAAGAAGUCACUUUUGGAAAAAGCAGCAAAUGAGAUAUGGGAGACAAUAAAAUCGGGGACUGCCCUUGAAAACCCCAUGCUCUUGAACAAAUUCCUGCUUCUGACUUUUGCAGAUUUAAAAAAGUAUCGCUUCUAUUACUGGUUUUGCUACCCUGCUCUCUGCUUCCCUGAUGGUAUACCUAUUGUUCAGCAGGCAGUCUGCCUAGGUGAAAGAUUCUCUCCAACUCAGAUUCAAGCGCUCCAGAAAGCAUAUGAUGAACUUUGCCAGAGGGAAGGAGUUACUGCCUUGCCUUACUUUUUAAUCAAGUAUAAUGACAAAUCUGUUUUGGUGUCACUGCUUAAAAACUGGAAUGAUUUUUUCCAAGAUCAAGAGGAAAAGGUGACGGUUGGAGUUUAUGAUCCCUGCAAUUUUACCCAGUAUCCAGGAUGGCCGCUGAGGAACUUACUGGUCAUGGCAGCACACAGAUGGGGUAACCACCUCCAUUCAGUCGAAGUGCUCUGCUUCAGAGACAGGACCAUGCAAGGUGUGAGAGACAUAACACACAGCAGCAUCUUUGAAAUAAAUCUUCCACAGAUGCCACAGAGCCCAGUAGAUUGUCCAAAAGCUGUUGGAUGGGAGAAAAAUCAAAAAGGAGGCAUGGGUCCAAGAAUGGUGAAUCUCAGCGAAUGUAUGGAUCCUAAAAGGUUAGCUGAGUCGUCUGUGGAUCUUAAUCUUAAAUUGAUGUGCUGGCGGUUGGUGCCUACUCUUGACCUGGAGAAGAUUGUGUCUUCUAAGUGUCUGCUGCUAGGAGCUGGUACGCUGGGUUGUUGUGUAGCCAGAACCUUAAUGGGAUGGGGAGUCAGACAGAUCACAUUUGUGGACAAUGCAAAAAUCUCCUAUUCCAACCCUGUACGGCAGCCUCUAUACGAGUUUGAAGAUUGUCUCGGUGGUGGGAAGUCUAAGGCACUUGCGGCAGCAGACAGACUGCAAAAAAUAUUUCCAGGAGUGAAUGCAGAAGGAUUUAACAUGAGCAUCCCCAUGCCAGGCCACCCCGUGAAUUUUUCUGAAGUCACCAUGGAACAGGCUCGAAAGGAUGUGGCACAGCUUGAACGGCUCAUUGAUGCUCAUGAUAUUAUUUUCCUGUUAAUGGACACUAGGGAAAGUCGAUGGCUUCCUGCUGUCGUUGCAGCCAGCAAGCGGAAGCUGGUCAUCAAUGCUGCGUUGGGAUUUGACACAUUUGUUGUGAUGAGACAUGGACUAAAGAAACCAAAGCAGCAGGAGUCUGGUGAUUCAUGUUCCAACAAUGCCUCCGGCUCUGCUGAUCUCCUGGGAUCAUCGCUCUUUUCAAACAUCCCUGGCUAUAAACUUGGCUGCUACUUCUGCAAUGAUGUUGUGGCACCAGGGGAUUCCACCAGGGAUCGGACAUUGGAUCAGCAGUGCACAGUCAGUCGACCAGGAUUAGCCAUGAUAGCUGGAGCCCUUGCAGUAGAGCUAAUGGCUUCUGUUUUACAACAUCCAGAAGGUGGUUAUGCUGUUGCUAGCAGCAGUGAUGACAGAAUGAAUGAACCACCUACCUCUCUUGGGCUUGUGCCUCAUCAGAUUCGUGGCUUUUUAUCAAGAUUUGAUAAUGUCCUUCCUGUCAGCCUUGCAUUUGACAAGUGCACAGCCUGCUCUCCCAAAGAGGGGUGGGAGACGUACAAAGGGGAGGAACAACAAAGGACCAAUACAAGUUCUUUACUCAAAACCAGUAUCUGUUAUUUAAAGCACAGCCUUAGAAGGUCCUUGACCAGUAUGAGCGAGAGGGGUUUAAUUUCCUUGCAAAAGUUUUUAAUUCCUCACAUUCCUUCUUAGAAGACCUAACAGGUCUGACUUUAUUACAUCAGGAAACUCAAGAUGCUGAGGUAAGAAAAUACACUUCA